AGACUCUUCCUUCGCUAAGAGAACUUUAACGAGUAGGCUUCGAUUUGUGUACGUGAUUUUUCAAGGAGUUAGCCAAUAAACGUUAUAGGCCUACAAGAGGUAAUUUCAACACCGCCACUGCUGCUUCCGUUGUCAUACAUGGUUUUGAAUACAACUUGGUAUAAUCUUGGUUGAAAUUAAAACAACUUUCAUUGCGAGAUGGAUGAAAACAUAACUUCCUCAUCAGAGAUCUCAGUUGCCAUGGAGACUACUCAUCAGGCAGUGUCCUCCCUGCCUAACAACACUGACACUUCUUCAGGUGUGUACGUGUUGGGCGUGGUCUAUGGCAUCAUUGGAAGUCUUGGUAUCAUUGGUAAUGCCUUAGUUUGUACCAUUUUCCUGACCAGACGGAAAGUAUUUGGAUCUUCCACCAACCUUCUGAUUUUGAAUCAAUCCAUGAUCGACCUCGUGGAUUCAAUCUUGUAUCUCAUUCUUCGAUUUGGUCCCCAACUAUCGAAUCAGAAAAAUGACAUUUGGGACGAGCUAGCUUGCAGGAUUUGGUUCUCUGAGUAUAUCAUUUGGUCCCUGUUUGUUGCGUCCACAGUCAACCUUCUCUUCGUGUCUCUGGAGAGGUACUUCGCCAUCUGCCACGCCGUUAAACACCGUAAGCUUUUCACCCCACGACGCGCUAACAUUGGCCGUGUUAUCGUCUGGGUUACCGGAUUCUUGUACCAAUCCUAUUGGGCCGUUCUGCAUACCUUUUCCGAAGAUGGUUGCUACGCAGUGUGGCCCAGUCCAACCAUCCAAAAAAUUGGCGGGGUAUUCUUCUUUUCCUGUGAGUACCUGAUCCCACUUUCCAUCAUGUGCUUCAGCUACGCUAGUAUCGUAAUCAUGCUACGCAAAAAGAGUAAACGCGACAACACGCAGGUAAACACAUUCCAUCGCGCAAAACGGAACGUGACGUUGACAUUAUGCGUGGUUUUCCUAUCUUAUACCGUGUGCUGGACACCCACAGAGAUCGCUUACAUCAUGUACAAUCUGGGAGGCCACUAUGACUUCGAGAGCACCUUGCAUCGGAUCUUCACGGCCUUCGUGUUGGGUAACAUGUGCGUGAACCCCAUCAUAUACACCUUUAAGUAUGAACGUUUUCAAGUAGAACUGAAGAGAAUUUUCCUACGAAGAAAUCGUGUGGGAGACUCCAGCGUUCUUGACGUAACAGCUAGAACUCAAUUACAACCCGGGUUCCAGAACUCAGAUCAAGACGGGCCGAGUACAAUUCGUUAGCCUGUGACAUUACAGACCUUGUAAUCUUACCAACAAAAACCUUGGACAAAAAAUAAGGUUUGUCUCAUUCAUCACAGAGAAUUAAUCACUUGUAGAAAUCUGCUUUCAAAAAUGUUAAAGCUUUGUGACUUGACUGAUAAUAUAUCGCAACUUGGUGGAAUGACAGACAGACAACCCUGACUGACAAACGGACAAGUAAUAUACGUUAAUUGCUCUGAAACAAUGUCUUUGAAUUAGGCCUAUACAGAAUAUCAGAAAGUACCUACCAUUCAAUGUUCUGGACAAUAAUUGAUAAUCUGUGAAGACUGUGUUAGUGUGAUAUAGUAAGUAUUAAGUGCUCACGCCGAAUAAUGUGCACUCACUUUGUCGUGUGAUAAACAUUUGGCAUUUUUCAAGCGCAAACGGACAAAUGAAUAUCACAACUCUUGUAAAGUUGUAAUUUCUAGCAUUUAGGAGCACAUCAAAAGUUAAGACCGCUGCAGUAUAGGGGAACAGUGCAAAAACGCACAGCGCCCUCCAGCAAGCGAAAUAGCGACAAUUUAUUAAUUUGUGAGAUUAAGAUAUGCUAUUUAAAGGUUGCUAAGUAAUUUAAUAUCCUAUAUCGUGUAGAACCGUGACUACGAAAAACAGACUAAGUAUAGUGUGAAUAUCAAGGUGUCUGGUUAUCUGAAUUAAUGGCAUUAUACGGCAGUACACUUUCUUACAGCGACAGAUAGGGCGUUAAGUUUGCGUACAAAAAUAGCUAGAAAACAAUACGAGUCUUGCACCUCACGAUGUUGUGUCGACAAAUAUUUAAUAUUUCUAUGACAAAAUAUCUGUUAUACAGGACAACAGCAAAUCCAAUUUUUCUAAACCUAACUAACUUCCACCCUCAAAAAGGAAAAUAUAAAUCGCGCGCAGGUGUUUUUGUACUUAGGUUAAUAGUUAAUAGCUAUAGGCGAAUGUAAUAUUUCAGAAACUUCUGAAAAUCACGGUAACUUCAAGAAAGGAUCCCAAGUCCUCUCAAAACCAUAGAGAUAUUAAAUUAGCUCAAUGCCAGUAUUGGAAUCGAGUCCUAACAUCAGAGUACACAAUAUUCUGAGUACUUUUAGAGGCCGAGUCCAAAGCCGAGUACAAGCACACUGAUGACGAGUCCAAGUCCUAAGCACCAAGUACGAGUACAUUCAAGGCCGAGUAAAUGUAUAUUGGGCCGAGUCCAAGAACCAAAGUCUGAGUCCAAGUCCGAGUCCAAGUACUUGUAUAAUACCAAGAAGGUAAAUAAACAGCGCAACGAUUUCCUACAGUAGACCUAAACGCAGUAGGGGCAGCCUGAACUAGUCCAGCAGAAAGGUUCUCUGUAACCAGGGUCCGGUAAGUAUACCGUGUAACAGAUUACAGAGUGAAACGGCUGUGUCGCACUGUGUGAUGUUCAAGAUUGAGCAAUGCAAUCUUUGCUCAUCACCAAGCACCCGAACAUGCUAUAGAUAAAAAGUGAAGUACUCGAGUACGAGUACUCCAUUACUGUUCAAUGGUCAACACUGCUCAAUGCUCAG